AUGUCAGAUAAAGAAGUUAUAUUAAUAUCUAAGGAAGGUAUUUCACAUCCAGUAAAAUAUGAAGUUUGUACAAUCUCGUCUACUAUUCGCAAAAUAUUACAAGAGAAAUUCCAAGAGGGAAUAAGCUUUGAAAUAGAAUUAAAACAAUUUAAUGAUGAAAUAAUAAAGAAGGUCAUUGAAUAUAUGGAAUAUAAGUAUCGAGGAGAUGAAGAAGAAGAAGAGUUUGAAGUUGCUACCGAUAUGUCUUUAGAGUUAUUGAUUGCAGCAGAUUAUUUAGAUAUAUAG